GCCUCAGCUCAUGCGCAUCGAUCGAUCACAACGGCAACAAGCUAGCUCUAUCUAGUCACGUACGGGAGCUUCAAUUUCAUAAGCUAAUCCGCAAUGGCGUCGAAGCGGGCGUGCCUAGCCCUGGCGGCUUUCGCGGCGGCUGCAGCCAUGCUCGCCGCGCCGUGCGCGGCGCAGGACUCGCCGCAGGACUUCGUGGACCCGCACAACACGGCGCGGUCCGACGUCGGCGUGGGCGCCGUGUCUUGGGACGACACCGUGGCGGCGUACGCGCGGAGCUACGCGGCGCGGCGGCGGGGAGACUGCGCGCUGGUGCACUCCGGCGGGCCCUACGGCGAGAAUAUCUUCUGGGGCUCCGGCGGCGGCGCCGGCUGGUCGGCGUCCGACGCCGUGGCGUCGUGGGUGGCCGAGAAGCGGUGGUACGACCACGGCAGCAACAGCUGCUCGGCGCCGGAGGGCCGGUCGUGCGGCCACUACACGCAGGUGGUGUGGCGCGACUCCACCGCCGUCGGCUGCGCCCGCGUCGUCUGCGACAACGGCGGCGGCGUCUUCAUCACCUGCAACUACAACCCGCCGGGCAACGUCGUCGGCCAGAGCCCGUACUAGCUAGCUCUAGCUAGCAUGCUCUGCCUGUAUGAUCGGUUUGUUUACCGGGU